UGGCAUCCUUUGCUUCUGCAAUGAAGCUCUCCCACAAGAAAAGGAUUUUGGCCAAGUUCUUCAAAGGUCGAUGGCUUCUGAGAAUCCUGUCCCUCAUCCUUCUGAGUGUUUUUGUUUCACUUGUCCAUUGGAAAGCAGACUCUGACCCCAGGAUACCGCAGCAAAUUGCAGCUGACCUGCCCGCCUGCUCUGCUAUUAUCACGGGAGACUUGGCAGGCCGUGAAACUGACUUGGAAGUCCUUCUAUCAUCCAGGAAAAGACAAGUUCUGCUAUCAGAGGACUUCUACCUUAACGCAACCCAGGAUUGUCAAGUUUAUCGUACACACAGAGGCUUCUUUACAGUUCCUCUGGGAAAAGAAGAGAAGGAUUUUCCCAUCGCGUACUCUAUGGUGAUCCACGGACAGAUUGAGAUGUUCGAGCGUCUCCUACGUGCCGUUUACGCCCCUCAGAACAUCUACUGCGUGCAUGUGGACCGAAAAUCCACAGUGGAAUUCCAUAAGGCCGUGGAUGCCAUUGUUUCCUGCUUUGAGAAUGUAUUCAUAGCUGGGAAAUUAGAGAGCGUUGUUUACGCCUCAUGGUCUCGAGUGCAGGCCGAUUUGAACUGCAUGGUGAGUUUGUUGGGGUCCCAUGUCCGGUGGAGAUACCUGCUGAACACAUGCGGGACGGAUUUUCCUAUUAAGACCAACAGGGAGAUAGUGCGAGCUUUGAAGGUUCUUAAUGGAAGGAACAGCAUGGAAACAGAAGCCACCAAUGACUACAAGAAGCAACGUUGGCAGUAUCACUACAACGUCACAGACUCCAUCGUCAGGACCGACGUGAAGAAAAGCCCCCCUCCCAUUAGAAGCCCCAUGUUCACUGGGAAUGCGUACUUUGUGGCCAGCAGGGCCUUCGUGGAACAUGUGACACAGGACCGGGAGGUUCUGGCGUUGCUGGAGUGGGAGAAGGACACCUACAGCCCAGACGAGCACUUGUGGGCCACUUUACAGCGGAUGCCCUCUGUGCCCGGAUCGGUCCCUGCUAACGGCAAGUACGACAUGUCGGACAUGCAAGCUAUCGCCCGCGUGGUCAAGUGGAGCUAUUUGUCAGGAGAUGUGAGGAAAGGGGCGCCAUACGAGCCGUGCACAGGGAUGAAUAGAAGAGCAGUUUGUGUAUAUGGAGCUGGAGACCUGCCGUGGCUCCUGAGGCAACAUCACCUCCUGGCUAAUAAGUUUGAUCCCAUGGUGGAUGACAUUGCAAUUAGAUGCCUGGAGUCGUUUCUGUAUUUUAAAGCUUUAGAUCGGGGUUAAUACAGGGUGUCCCCCAAAAUCCGACAUCUCACCUGUGCUCUGAGAUACGCGUUGAAUUUGUUCCGUGGCCAUCCUCGUAUCUCAAAUCAUCAUUUCCCUUUGAAAUGGAUGGAAAUGCCAUGAAUCCGUUCCAGGCUGAGUUAAGUGAAUUAAGUUCAGUGCCACAAUACAGCACUCAUAUCUCAAAUGUUUGCUCACAAGGCUAAGCAAUAAAUUGGCCGAACGAGAACUCGUAUCUCGAAUACCUUUUAGGCUGGUAAAAUUUUGGGGGACACCUUGACUGUACGUCACAGGCCCAAACUUUACACUGAUUCAGAUUCAAUACAUUGGCCAAUGCAAAGACAAUGCACACUCCUGACCAGAAUAAUAAAUGUUAAAUGACUACCUCUCUGGUCGUGUCAAUCAAAACAUUGUCUUUAAAGGGAGGCAAUUGUAUUUUAUUGCAUCUAAUUUUCUCAUGCAGCAGUAGGUUAAGUGCAUCUUUCAAUUAAUCAUAGCAAAUGUACUCUCCCUGUAAUUACAACAUGGAGGCUCUCGUUUUUUUGUCUCUGACCAUUCAGUUUAAUGGUUUUAGUAUUAUGCGCACAUUGCAUCUCGUUAGUCAGAUUACACAAUCAGUGGCUUUUUUCCUCCAUGGAAUAAACCAUCAAAUCGUGAGAAAACACCCAGGAAUGUUCGAGCCCCGCUUUCUCAGGAAACUUUACAUUGACCUUUCUGAAAACAUUAAGGCACAGUCACACAAUCUUGGUGUACUUUCUAUCCUUCUGGGAAACUGUAGGCUAUUAAAAAUAAAUUACAUGAUAUUCUGAUUAUGUAAUUUAGACCUUGUUCAAACAAUAUUUGAUGUUACAAAGCACCUUCUUUUGUGUCUAAACAGUGAGGAUUAGCAGUACGGAAAAUGGAUGGAUGUUAUACAGUAAUUUAAGGAUUAUAGUGCCACCAAGUGCCCAAAUUAAAAAGUAUUGUGGGUAAUAUCUGAAAGAUACAAUGGACUUGUAGCCACAUGAUUCGUCUGUAUGAAUAAGCAAUUUUGAUAAUUAAUGUAAAUAUAACUAAUUCUGAUCAAUGGCAUAGAGAAAGUGGUGUUUAGACCCACACAAGUUGCAGGUAUUUGGGGGUGGAUUUAUUUUCCCCAGGUAAAUGAAAAUGUGUGAAUUGCCUUUAGAAGGGAGGGGGCUGGGUCAGAGACCUAAAAAUGCACUUUUAAAAAUCAGAGCAAACAUAAAAAUAUAUUACUUUCCUUUUUCACCUUUUUGAAAUAUAAAUAUAUUUAAAUGUAAUAAAGCAGUACAUGCAUCAACUGAUUCAAAUGUUUGUAACAUAGUGCUUUAAAUAAAGAGUAGAUACAACAGGAUGAAGCGAAGGUCAUUUUGACAGGAUACAGCGACAGUAAAUUACAACAAGACAAAAAGGAUUAAAAACCUCUUGGAAAACGUGUGGGGAGAGGAAAAAAGCCUAGAGCUGCUUCGGAGUAACGCAACUCGCAAACUGUUCCGCAAUGUAAGAGGCAGCAUCGUUUUAACAAGGCACUUUCCUGAUGCAAGAACUUCCAGUCACACCACCCCAAAAUACAAACAUGCACAAAGAAAGAGCGGCAGCGAGUCGAACAGUCUUCAUCGUCCUCCUCCUGUGUACUUUCGCAGGAUCACUUGGGAACGGCGGCGGUGGCCGUCUCCACUUUGCCGUGCACGUCCUGGUCGAUCCUGCGCAUUCAGCAAUGGACAAUAAACAGACAUUAUUGUGAUAGUAAUGGCAACGCAUCCAUUUCUUUUGACUUUGGAUUUCUUUGACACCUCAAAUGUUAUUUAAUGGCGCUUUCACCGAUACAGAGCAGGUUUAGACCCAAGUUCUUUAUACAAUAACCCAGCAUUUCCCAACCUUUAUUCAACUGAGGCACAUAUUUUACAUUAUACACAAAGAUCUUAAGGCACACCACCCCCCCAAAA